AUGACUGGAAGUCGUCGUCACUCGGCUCUGGCCAAAUCCAUCCAGCUUGCGCUUUUUCAUGACCCGAAAGCGUUUCGCAAGUCACUGCUUGGACGUAUCCUGGCAUUCUUCAGUAUCUUCUAUAUCAGACUCAUCAGGUACCGCGACGAACUGUUCCGCAAGCUUCGCAAUGAUGUAUGGGAAAUCGACGAGGAGGAGUACAAAGCAUGUUUCCGCGGCGAGAACAAGACCCUACCAUUGAAGCCGAUGGGAGAUUUAGGGUUGUCCGGAUCAACAUUCUUUUCCACAUCCAACAACAAGUUUCUCGUCAAGAGUCUCCCGCGACACUUCGAACACUCCUUCUUCAGGGAAGACCUCCUGGAACCGUACUACGAGUAUAUGAGCACUCAUGCAGACUCAAUCCUGGUCUGGAUCACAGAUUAUGUGUAUGCACCGUACAGAACCAUCGGAAGUAUUUUGAAGACCACGCCGGCCCAUCAUAUCAUCAUGGAGAAUAUGCUUUCCGGGAAGGACGAGGACUCUGCCAAGGACGACUGGGAGACGUAUGAUUUGAAACCAAUCGACUACUUCUACCCGGAGCGGGACUUACUACCAGAUCCGCUGGUCAGCGAAGAGACCCUGAAUAGGCUGGCCGAUAAGUUUGAGGAUAAGAUACCCAUGCGGCAGUCGGAUUAUGAAAGGUUUCGAAAGGUACUCGAAGCCGACACUCGCUUCCUUCAGUCAGCAAAUGCUGUUGACUACUCACUCUUUCUGAUCCGUUAUCCUGCGUCCUCCAAUCCCGGCGUGGUGGGAAAGAAAAAUCCAUGGCGCGUUGGAUUCCAGUCUCUUGAUGGGAAGUGGAAGUACCGUGCGGUAAUCUUGGAUUUCUUCUGGGCAAAACACAAGCUGCAUGCGCAGGCUAUGACCGGAGUGGUGCAGACAUUUAAUGUUAUCGGGCGCCAGGGGCCAAUGACGAUCACAACGACGGCAGACGAAUACCGACAGAAAUUCUUGGACAUGGUGGAUGAAAUGCUGAAGGUGCAUUGA